CCAGCUGACGAAGAAGAGAAAAAAAGUUGGAAAGAAACGAGAGAAAAAACUUUGGAAUAUUUCUACGAUGAUUAUUUGAGCGAAAAAGAAAGAAACGAGUUGAACGAAGAAGAAAAAUUAAAGUUAGUUUUAGAAAAAAAACUUGCCCAAGAGGAAGAGAAUUAUCUUCAAAUCGAAGAAAAAGAAAUAACAAUAACAAAAUUUGACGAAAAAACAGGAGCGGAAAGAAAUGUGCAAAAAAAAAAAAAAACAACCGCUUUGGAAAAGUUAAACAAGCAAGCUAACUAUUCUUAUGUCAAAUUCGCUACUAAAAAGCUUGGAAUGGCUCACCUUACUACGGAAAGAAUAACCAACUAUCGUGCUUUUCAUAAAGAAAUAAAAAGAGUUAUUGAAGCAAACGAACUAGUUUUUGAGGCUAAACAUUACAAAAUCAAUGUUUUUAUGUUACAAAACGCUUUGGCCCAGGCUUUUACUAGCGGAGGACUGAGUAGCCAAAAGUGGGUAGAACACGAGUUUUUUAACAAAUUAGGAGACGCUUUAAAAAAGGUAGCGGAAAAAGAUAGCGGAGCGUGGCCUGAUAACCAAUUUACUUCUUGUUUAAAAAAAUAUUUCGAAAUAAUUGCUGAAGAAACUGCCGAGAUGCGGCAAGAAGAAUUAUUAAAAGAGGAAAAAGAUGCUUGGCUAGAAAAAACUAACAAGAACAUUGAACUUAAAGCAAAAGCGAGAGAGCAAUGUUUAAAAAAAAUCGCUAAUUUAGAAAAAGACAUUCUGUUCCUCUCAACUCCCGAACCCCAACCCGCACCUGAGGCUAUGCCUACUUCUUGGACUACGCUUUUUUGA